UAUGCUCCUUUGGAAAAUGUUCAGAUUCAACAAGAACAUGCAUCCAGAGGGGAACGACGAGUACGCGGACUUUUAUUUUGAAGAAAUCCUUCUAUGGUUUGUCAUGUUUUGACCGGUUGUGCAGGAAUUGUGUUUCCCUUGCUGUCACGUUACAAGUUUUGACUGCGUGAACGAUGUUUGGAGGGCAUUUGCAGUAUUUCUCGACGCUGGAGAAGUUAUUCGGUUUGUGAGCUAGCUGGCGCAAAGCAAUGUCCACGUGGCGCACAUUACACGCUAAAGUGCGGACAGUCCGGGGUCUCUUCACCUUCAGACGGGUCACACUAGAGCACCGGUGGUCGUAUGGUGUAAUAACACCAAGACGAAGCCUGAAGACAGGGAUUCAUCUGGGAAAUGACUUAAUUAAAGAUCUGAGGACCAGGCUGGCCGCCGCGAGGAAGAAGGUGUCAGACGCUCUGCCGGGGAGUUCCUGGAGUCCCGUGGAGAUCAACCCCGCCCUUCCACCGGAGAGGGCCGAUGUAGUGAUUGUGGGAGGCGGUGUGAUGGGCUGGUCCAUCGCCUUUUGGCUCAAACAGAAGGAGAAGAUACGUGGAGCGGUCAAUGUUGUGGUAGUGGAGAAGGACACCACGUACUCCCAGGCUUCCACAGUCUUGUCCGCUGGGGGGAUUCGGCAGCAGUUUUCCCUGCUGGAGAACAUCUGCCUGUCCAUGGAUUCUGCAGACUUCCUGAGGAACAUCAACGACCACCUAGGAGUGUUGAAUGAAGACGCCGUGGACCUGCAGUUCAACCAAUCAGGGUAUUUGUUCCUGGCCAGCGAGAAGGUGGCGCACAUCAUGGAGGAGAACUACAAGACCCAGAGGUCUGCUGGAGCCCAAGUGUCCCUUCUCUCCGCCACACAACUAAAAGAGAAAUUUCCAUGGAUUAACACGGAAGAUGUGGCGCUUGCCUCAUAUGGUCUGGAGAACGAGGGCUGGUUUGACCCCUGGACUCUGCUGAACGCCUUUAGGAGGAAGGCCAUGUCCAUGGGCGUCAUCCAGUGUACUGGAGAAGUCAUCGGUUUUAAAUACAAAUCAAAUGUGGUGGCCACAGAGGAGGGCGAACUUUUGGAGAUCAGGAGGAUAAAUUAUGUUAAAGUACAGAUGCCCAACAGCCUGGAGUACCAGCCAGUGGAAUGUGCCAUUGUGGUGAAUGCAGCCGGAGCCUUUUCCGCUAAAUUAGCUGAGAUGCUUGGAUUGGGAUUUGGACCCAAAGACACCAUGGCUGCCAUUCCGCUUCCCGUUGAGCCCCGCAAAAGGUAUGUGUACGUGGUCCACUGUCCUGAUGGUCCUGGUCUGGAUGCGCCCUUCCUGAUUGACUGCUCGGGAGUGUACUUCAGGAGGGAGGGGCUCGGAGGGAACUACAUCGCUGGAAUGUCGCCAGAGGAGGGGGAGGAGCCAGACAUUGCCAAUCUGGAUGUGGACCAUCAGUUUUUUGAGGACAAAAUUUGGCCCAACCUGGCGCAGCGUGUUCCUGCUUUUGAAAAACUAAAGGUAACCAGUGCGUGGGCGGGCUACUACGACUACAACACCUUAGACCAGAACGGCAUUGUGGGCCUGCACCCGCUCAUCGACAACAUGUACUUCGCCACGGGCUUCAGCGGCCACGGCCUGCAGCAGUCGCCCGCCGUGGGCCGCGCCGUGUCCGAACUCAUCCUGGACGGCAACUUCCAAACCUUGGACCUGAACGGCCUGGGCUUCAGGCGCAUCCUGACGCAGGAGCCCAUGUUGGAGAGGAACAUUGUGUAGUUUUGAAUGUCAAUCCGGACAAUAUUUCAGUGGAGGCCGCAAUGUCCAAAACCUAAGCCAGUCAAGUACUACAUACGUACCUCUUACAUAGUUUAGUAUUAAUAACUGUAAUAUUAUGAUGCCUAUGAAGUAAUCAUGCUACACUUUUUUUAUGGUCCUGUUGUCCACAUGAUCCACUUUUCAAGCACAGUGAGGGAGAAAAGCUCUUGUGGGAUGUGUUGUUGUUGGAAGUAGCUUAGCAAUGUGGUGACGUCCAAAUGCCUCCAGUUAAAAAGAAGUGCGUCACGUCAACAACUCGUAAAACAAGCGUCUUCCUUUCAUUUACGUACAACGGGCAUAUUCAACUAGCCCAACCAGACUCCAGCAUGACAUCACACCUGUCCGCCAGACAGCAGAUUCCUAAAAACAGCACAACUCUGUUAUACAGAGGAUCUUUGACUUUUUGACGUUUUUGACAGUAUGUCCUUAAAAACAGCAGAGGGGGUCCUGUCUAUAGUGUUUUUGCAGUAGGUCCUUAAGAACAGCAAAGUCAUAUUCAAGUCAGCAGAGCACUCAUGUCAUUCAGAGGAUUGUUGCAGUAGGUGGUUAAAAACAGCAGAGUGGUGCUGUCAUAUAGAGGAUCUUUGACUGGCAUUUUUGUAGUAUUGUCUACAAAAACAGCAGAGCACUCCUGUCAUAUAGAGGCUCUAUAUGCUACUGCAAGAUCUUUGAUUUCCAUUUUUGACAGUAGGUUCUCAAAAACAGCAGGGUUGUGCUGACAUACAGAGGAUCUUUGACUAGCAUUUUUGGCAGUAGCUUCUUAAAAACAGCAGAGCUCUCCUGUCAUACUGUAAAGCAGGGGUCACCAACCUUUUUGAAACCGAGGGCUACUUCCUGGGUGCUGAUUAAGGCAAAGGGCUACCAGUUUGAUACAUAUUUCUGAAAUAGCCAUUUUGCUCAAUUUAGCUUUAAUUAUAUGUUGUUAUUAAUAAUUAGUGGUAUUUAGCUAUAUGAAGACACUGAUUAUGUUAAUGAUUUCUCACAAAAAAUAUCAACAAUGGUAACAAAAUAGGAAAUAAAUUAAUAUCAGUAUGCAGCACUUUAUUUCUAUAUUUUGAAGUUUCAGUGUUUUUCAAAUUGAACAUUUUCAAAUCAUCACUUAACAUUUUUAACAAACACCCUGCACCAGCCUAAAAAAAAGGCACUUAACAGUUGUGCUAUCAAAUGUUACAUUUUACACAUUUAACAAAUCAUGAAUGACACAUUUUGAACUGGACACCAAAUCUGGUUUCUUUGUCAGUUAGUGGGAAGCCUGGCAUUGCAUGCUCUCCACCAGUGUGUUGUACUCUGGUGUGUAACUUGACAUUGCAACUCUGAGUGAGUCUUGCAGAUGUGCAUCAGUGAGGCGUGUUCUGUGUUUGUUCUUGAAGUGCAUGUCAGAAAAGGCUGAUUCACAAAGAUAAGUUGAACCAAACAGGCUUGCAACCUUCAAAGCUGCUGUGCAUACACCACUGUACUUUUCAGUGUCAACAAGGCCCCAAAAGUUUGGUGCACCCUGAUAGGCUUUGAGAUGGAGGUCGUUUUGCAAUGUUGCAAUUUCAAGCUCCAUCUGUCCAGCAUCAAGCCUGAACGUUGCACUUAACUGCUCAGCAAUGCUUGAUAUGUCCACAUUCAUGAAAGGAUUGGAAAUGAAUGACACGCAUGGCUCAAGCUGACUCAGGUCACAAAACCUGUUCUCAAACUCUUCUCCAAGUUUUUCUAUGACCUCAGAGUAUUUUUCUGCAACUUUGUCAAAAGCCUCAGAUGCAGAAGUAUUGUCUUUCAGGACCAUCUGCACAGAGGGAAAGUGCAGGACCUUUUUUCUCUUUAAAUGCACAGAGAAAAUGCUCAUCUUGGCUUUAAAUGCAUUUAAAGCACUUAUCAUAUCAGCAACAGUCUUACCUUUGCCUUGCAACUCACGGUUCAAACUGUUCAGUUUCUCAGUAAUGUCCGUUAAAAAUGCAAGGUCAAGGGUCCAGUCAGUGUCCUCCAGCAGCGAGGUGUCUUCCCCGCUGGACUGCAUGAACUCUUUGAUUUCACCCAAAAGUGACAAAAAACGAUGCAGAAUCCGUCCCCUGCUGAGCCAUCGGAUUUCUGUGUGUAGCAGCAGGUCACCAUAUUCAGCUGACAGCUCCUCCAAUAGUACCUUGAAUGUUCUGUGCUGUUUAGCUUUGGAACGGAUGCUGUUUAUGAUCUUUACAACGGGAGUCAUCACGUGUUCAAAGCCGAUCACUUUUGCACAUAAGGACUGCUGGUGGAUGAUGCAGUGGUAAUGCAGAAAGUUUGGGAAAUCUGUGUCACCUUUACAGUGAGCAAUGAAUCCUGCGUGUCGGCCGAUCAUAGCAGGAGCCCCAUCCGUAGUCACAGACACCAGCUUUUCCAGCGGCACCUUUUUCUCCACUAAAAACUCCUUCACCGCGUUAUAGAUGUCAACUCCCCUGGUAGUUGUCUUUAAGGGUAGUAGUGUCAGAAGUUCUUCUUUUGUGGUGAAAUCAUCAGACGACAUCCUGAUGAAGAUCAUCAGCUGUGCUGUACUGCUGCUGUCCACCGACUCGUCACACUGGAUGCUGAACCACCUGCACCUCGCCAGAUCACGGUCCAACUGAUCGGCCAAGUUCGCGGACAUCGCCGACACUCUUCUUACCAUUGUCGAUGCACCCAGUUGAACAUCAGAGAAAGUGGAGAUUACAUCGGUUCCGUACUUCUCGUCUUCAAGCACAGUUUUAGCAAUUAUCAUCAUUGCUUCUUUGACAACAGCCCCAUCUGAAAAUGCCUUCUUUUUCUUCAUCAAGAAUUGCGUAGCUCUUAAUGAGGCUUCGGUUGCUUUCCGGGAGCUUUUCACCGGUCUCGUAAAAAAAGAUUGCUGUUUACUCAGAGCUGCCUUUAAAUCGCGGCCUUUUUGUGCUCGUAGUGCGCUGCCCGGCGGGUAGUUAGCAUGGUAGCUUGUGUGGCAAGUUGUGAAAUGUCUCUCCACAUUGUGUCGCUUUGCAAUCGCUACAGUCGCCCCGCAAAUGAGACACACGCAGGCUCCUUUCUCAGUGGUAAAAAAAAACUGUACCUCCCAUUCAUCGUGAAAAUGAUAGGUUUUCUUUCUUUUUUCUGCCAUCUUUUUUGGGAUCAAUCAUCGUGUUUUUGCUGCUCCACAAACGCUACGUUUUGGGCCUGCGCACAAUACUGACCCUUGAACUACAGUAGGUCAGAGUUCAUUUAUAUUAAUUACUUUUUAAAAAAUAAAUUAAUUAAUAUAUUGUAAUUUCCAGUUCACAUGUAAGUGUGAUUUAAUCAAGAAUAGCAAAAAUAAAAUUCAAAUAAAAUAAAUGGAUACGUGAUACGUGACACCGAUAGUGUGGUUAUUUGAGCUAAUUUUAGAACAGGCCUGCGGCGACUUAAGUGGUCCUUGGGCGACCUGGUGCCCGCGGGCACCACGUUGGUGACCCCUGCUGUAAAGGGUCUAUAUGCUAUGCUGCAAAUAUCUCCUUUUAUAGAGGAUCUUUGACUAGCAUUUAUGGCACUGGAUUCUCAAAAACAGCAGAGUUCUGCUGUCACAUAGUGGAUCUUUUACUAGCAUUUUUGGCAGUAGCUUCUUAAAAACAGCACAGCAUCCGUCAUAUGGAAGAUCUUAAGUUGUUUUAGCUGUAGGUUCUCAAAAACAGCAAAGCGCUUCUGUCAUAUAGAGGCUAUAUGUAUAUGCUGCUGCAAAUAUCCUCUAUGAUAGAGGAUCUUUGACCAGUGGUUUCUUUGAGUCAGGCCUUAAAAACAGCAGUGUGCUGCUGCCACAUAGAGGAUCUUUGAGUAGCUAUUUUGCAGUCGCUCCUUAAAAACACCAAAGUGGUAUAGAGGAUCUUUCAUGAAUGUUUUUGAAGUAGGUUCUUCAAAACAGCAUAGCGCUCCUGUCAUAUAGAGGCUGCAAAUAUCCCCGAUAAAAGAAGAUCUUUGGAUGGUGUUUUUUGGAGUCGGUUCUUAAAAACAGGAGGGUGCUGCUCUCAUUGAGGAUGUUUGACUAGUGUUUUUGUCCGUAGGUUGUUAAAAACAGCAAAGUGGUCUUGUCAUAUAGAAAAUCUUUGACUAAUGUUUUUGCAGUAGUUUCUUAAAAACAGCAGAGCACUCCUGUCAUAUAGAGGAUCUAUAUGCUACUGCAAAUAUCCCCUGUAAUAGAGGAUCUUUUACUAGCAUUUUUGGCAGUAGUUUCUCAAAAACAGCAGGGUUCCGCUGUCAUAUAAAGAUUCUUUGGCUAGCAUUUUUGGCAGUAGGUUCUUAAUAACAGCAGAGUGUCUCUGUCAUGUAGAGAAUAUUGGGCUAGUGUUUUUGGCAGUAGUUUCUCAAAAACAGCAGGGUGCUGCUGUCGCAGAGGACCCUUGACUAGCACUUUUUGGAGUCUGUUUUCAAAGACAGCAGGGGGCUGCCGUCACAUUGAGCAGGGGUGUUUUCCAUCGAGGGUGGCAUACUGAAAAGUCAAAAGAUGCAGGGGGCACUUUUGUAUCUUUUAGAUAUUUUUUACAUUUUGUAAAAAGCUUAAGAAAAAUGUUACAUCCAGGCUGUUCCAAAAAAAAAACACUUGCUACUACAGUUUGUCAUGCCAAGUGUUGGAGAAGACUCUGAAGAUGAUAAUAUGGGCACCCCCACUCUACCAUCACCAUGUUAGAGCCAAGGACACUAGAAUUGAACAGGACUGUCUAUCGGCUGCAAAUGAAUGGAACAGUGUAGUACGCCGUGCAGAACAAAGUCCGCCAUGAUGGUGAACACGAGAGGUGGGCGGGGCUAGGCGGACAUCUGACUUGAAGCCAUGUACCCCCUACUCCUUUAACUUUCAUUAAAUUGAAAUAUUAAGCAUGAUUAAUUGGUGAAUACCUUUUAUAGUCAGUAAUUCUCAUUCAAAAUUUUCCAUGGUCAAAUUUUGAUAAAAGUUUUACAUGAGCGCUGAUAAAUAGAUAAGAUGUGAAUUUCUCUUGCAGAUGAAUAAAGCAUCUAAGUAUUGGUCCUACAUAGGUUUUAUUUCAGCCGGAUGUUGGGAUCCAUCCGUUUGAAUGGGUUGAACUUCAGCUUCACUUUUGUCUACUUGCAAUCGCUAUGAUUUAAGUCUGCAUAUUAACUUGAUACCAAUUUGAAAGAGAAAGUGGAACAAACAUGAUAAAGCAGUAUCUGAAGUACAAAAAUACAUACAAACAGCGAUAAAGCCUCAUUUUCAGGGGAAUCCCCGCUCUCUCAUGCUGACACGCACAAACAACAAAUGUACUGAACGUACUAAACACAGCAGACCGAUUAUGAUGUUUCACCCAUUAAUCAAUAUUGGUGAAUAUGUAACCAAUAUAUGAACUUUUUUUUUUUUGGCUGCGCCUAAAAUGGCAGUAGGUUCUUAAAAACAGCAGAGAGCUCCUGUCGUAUAGAGAAUCUUUGACCUGUGUAAAAAUAUUGUAUUAUAAUUUAUGACUACACUGUAAAGAAUUGCUGUAAAUGUACAGCAAGAUUCCAGCAACAGUAAUGUACUAUUAAUGUAAACAAAUUACACUCACCUGAAUGAUAGCAUGUUCCUAAAAUACUUUAGCGUAAUUCAGUCAUCCUAACUGUGAAUGACAUUAUUACCACACAGCAGGGGUUUACAAAGUGUGGCCUGGGGGCCAUUUGCGGUCCGCAGCACAUUGUAAAAAUAUAAUUUAACAAGAAAACUAAAAAAAAAAAAAAUCUGCCACAAUUUUACGAGCAUAAAUCAAAACAUUAACAGGGAAAAGUUGUAAUUUAACAAGAAGACGUAAUUUUAAGAUAACGUUUUAGUAUGAGGAAAAAUAAUUUCAUUUUAGUAACAUAAAGUUGAAAUAUUAAAGAAUUAAAGGCAUUAUUUUUUAAAAGUUGUAAUAUUAUGAGAAACCGACAAAAACAAUUUUGAAAAAUUUGGGUCAAAAAGGUUGUAAUAUUAUGGGAAUAAGGUUAAAAUAUUAUGGGAAUAAAGUCCUAAUAUUACAAGGAGGAAGUUUAAAUAGUUGGAAUAUAAAAAACACACAACAACAACAGAAUAUUGAAUAUAUAACAAUGUAUAA